AUGAGCCAUUGGGUGUGCUUAUUUGUAUGCCUGUUUCUCAUUGCUGAAUUGUGGGUCUCUCCAGUUUAUGCCUAUCUUUCGAUGGCUGAUCUCAACCAUGUCAGAGGAAAAAGCUAUCACAUCGAUCCAUCACAGAACUUUUUCUCGCAAUCCGAUUUGAUAGACGACUCUGAUUGGUCACCAGGAUCUAGAGAAACGAACAGUCUUCCUUUGAUUGAGGCACCCGUUGUAAUGAGCAAUCCAAUUUGGAAUUGGAUUCACAAAGCAGCAAGCAUCUAUCGCUUCUACUCAAAGAAAGAUUCCUAU